GUGCGGAUUACGCGAACGCGGAUAUGAACUGUCAUUGAAUGAGUACAACUUCACACGUGAAUGACUCAUUUUGAUCAUAAAAUUACUCAUUGGCAUCAUACUUUGUAGCGCCCAAAUCUAUCCAUUCCGCUGAGGAACUCUCUGGAGUCAACAUGGCAGGAAGUGGUGCUGCAAAGUGUGGAUUUAUUCUCCUGGAUACCUUGGCUUUGGUGCUUGUCGCAGUACCAGCAAUAUUGUUCCGUAUUCCGGGCUUGAAACUUCCCAUCUACCAGCGCGGUUUCUUCUGUUAUGAUGAGAGCCUUUCCUAUCCAUACAAGGAUUCUACUGUCUCCUCAGCCGUGCUGUACUCAGUGGGCAUAGGUUUGCCUCUCAUAUUGAUCCUCUUGACGGAGGUCACCAUCUUCGCUUACCGUCGUCGUCAGGACACGGAGUACCUCCCGCCGGGCAGCUUCAACCGCUGCUGCUGCGACGUGGUCAUCCCCCCGCUCCUCUACCAGCUCCUCAAGUACGUCGCUCAGUUCUUCUUCGGUUUGUGUGUCACCUUGGCCGUCUACGACAUCUCCAAGAAUGUGAUUGGUCGGCUCAGGCCGCACUUCUUUGAUAUCUGCCAGCCCAACUUCGACAGCUUCAACUGUACGGAGGGGCUGCGGCCAUUGUAUGUAGAGGACUACGAGUGUACGGGCGACAACGCGCAUAGGAUCGAGGAAUCACAUCGUUCCUUUCCGUCUGGCCAUGCGGCAGUCUCUGUCUACUGCAUGCUGUAUCUGACGCUGUACCUGCAGUCUCGCUGGAAGUGGGGCGACACGGCUUUCCUGCGCCCCUUGGUGCAGUUCAUCGCCCUCCUGCUGGCCCUCUAUACCUGUCUGAGUCGCGUCUCGGACUACAAGCACCACUGGAGUGACGUGUUUGGUGGGGCCGUAAUGGGCGCUAUCAUCGCUGUGCUCGUGUAUUUUGGGAUCAACCCACAAACGAAAGACCAUCGGAGCAACGGACCUCUACCGAAACCGCAACAGCGCAGCGGCCAAUCGCCACAAUUCCGAAAUGGUGUUUAUGGAAAUGAACCCACGUUCGACUCGUAGUAACAAGAGCGACGGCUUCAUCUGAGGAUCAAACUGCUGGUUGAUGAUUGUCUUGAGAAGGAAUUUCAAUCAUUUUGGUUUGAAAAAAAUUAUAUUUUUUAAUUUUUGAUAUAUGGUAAAUCUCUUGCAGUGGCUCGACAUGUGCUUUUUUUUAGGGGGGGGGGGCUGAAAAUCAUGACCUUUUGAUGACUUCGUCUUUGGAUUUGAAAAUAUCCAGACUGCUGUGACUGGUUUGCGUUAACAAACAUCCAAGGUCAGUGAGGUUUAAAAGAUUUUGUUUCUUCAAAGAUUAAAACAAAUUUCAUGUGGCAAGAUUUUACAGAGAGAGAGCGAGCUGUUAAACAGGCAGUGUUAUUAUGGGCCAAGUGCCCAUAUAGGUAUGGGUAGUCUGGUCAUGAAAGGAAACAUGACCAAAAUUUAAACAGUUAAGCAAAACACUAAAGGGAAAUUUUAUUUUAUAACCAGCUUGUGAACAAAACACAAAACAGGAGACUUUAACACUUUUCCACGAAAAAGAUAUUUUCUUUUCAAUCUGGGUCAGCAGCCCAAACAAUUGCAGGCAUUAUUUAUUCAGAGAUAGCUAGUUUUGAAUGGAGUAAUAUCAAUGAAUUGCCAGGGCAUCCAGGGACUUACAUGUACCGGUACCGGAUUCUUCAUGUUAAUCCAUUACUGUUUUGUUUAGUUCUGUGAUUCCUUAAAAUUUGGAAAGUCCGUGAAUUACUGAGAACAGACUACAAAAACUCAAAGAAAUUUCAUUUCCAGAAACCUGCCAAAGUUGUCAUGAAGGAUAGCUAGUGAAACACGAUAAGUACAUGUAAGUUAAUGCAUCAACAAAGGCAUACCGGAUCUACAGCCUAUUACAGUCAUGUUGCCCCCAUUUGUUUUGAACUCAAAAUCCUAGCGGUUAAAGAAUCACAUAAACCUACAUGUACAUGUUUUGCAGUGUUGUAGUUGAGCCCAUCACAAGUCCUUCAGUCUCAAGUCAAGUCACAAGCUAUUCAAAUGAACUGUGACAAAAGCAUUCCUUUAUCAUUUUGUUCAUUCCUUUACUUUUGAAAGGACUUGUGAUGGACUCGACUACAACACUGAUGUUUUGCCAUAUACUUGUGGAUAUCCCAAAAUACAGCAUUUGUCCUUUCUGGGCUUGUGCCAGGUUCUAAGUGGCGAAAGCUGGACUUGGAAUUGUUAAAUGGAUAUUUCCUUCUCUAUUUGUCAGUUUCUUUUUUUAAUUUCUGCCUCAUUACGUCAAGGUUGUCAAGCCCCCGGUAUUGAGCGUGUUUGCGGGGUCUUGAUAUUUUCAAGGUCUCCUGUGAGAUCUGUGUUAUUUAUAUCUUGCAUGUUUACUCGCAUAUAAUAUAUUAUGUACAUAAUAUUGUUUGCCUGAUCACAAAGAAUGCAUGUGUUUCUAUUGUACAGCCAGAAAGACAAGUUAUUAUACAAUUUGUUAUUAAUUUAAUUCAUAGAAAUGUUAUCACAAGCUUCCGAAACCGUUUGCUUUAAAGUUGAUUGAGGAUGUGUGAGACUUGAAAUUAAUGAUUUGGAUCAAUUUUUUAUCAAUGCGAUUGGCAGGUUCUAACCCCAUUAGCUGAUGUACCGCCCCAAACUGCCCUGCCUGUUAUUCCUCACACCGCCUCAACUGCCCCCAUUGGUCUCUGGCUGUAUUGAUACAUCGAGGAGUAAAUACAAUGUAAUACAAGUGCUAAAGGGUUAACUACAUGUAUGUAUUAAGCUUGUGUUCCUUCUGGGUUUUUUUUUUUUAGUUGGAGAUUUAAAUUCCAUUUGAUUUGGAAAGCAGUGCACAGUGUCAUAGACCCAAUGAUUUGGAAAGUCUCCCAAUUUAGAAAUUGCCUUUUCUCUUGUCGCCCUUAUACUAGGCUUGGUCAGAAAAGCCAGAACAACUGCAUGUUACUGGGCCCCAGAACUAGUAAUUGCUGAUAGUACACAGUCAUGAAGCCUAGGCAUUGCAGAUACUAGUAGGGCUACAGAAUAUGACUAGAACAAAUCCAUGCACUGUUUCAAACUCUUCAAGCAUAAAAAAUAUUUUCCAAAAAUGAAGAUAGGCGUCUCAGGAGGUGUAUUGAUGGGACACGGAUCAUAACAGGCCUUUGUAUUGUCUGUCUCAAACCUUUGGACAAUUUGAAUUGACUUCUUCACCUGAUGUUAAACGCCAGGUUUCCUCUGUGGGGGUUUUGGGUGGGAGACGUAACAGGAUGUGCCGCAUUUCCUCAGCACAGGUUUGUGUGGCAGAGACUCCCGAUGAGUGACGUCUCGCAACGUCGAGCAGAAAACUUGAACCACUGUGGCACAGUAGUACAUUGCUUAGUCUUUGUGAACGUCCGUUGUGAUACUAGGGCGUGGUUUGACCGAAUUAUCAUUUUUGUAUUCAUGUGGUCUGUAAAGCGGUGAAUUAGGACUGAAAUGUUCAAAUUUUAUUUAUAUUUUUGUUUGUACAAAAUAUUUGUAAACAAUUUCUUUCAUUGCAGGGUGUUAAAAAUGUGAAAAAGUGCUAAAAUGUUUAUUGAAGCAAUACUUUUUUAUUUGUGUGGAAAUAUGCAUUAUACUUGAUUAUCUACCAGAAAGUUAAAAAUUAUGAAGAAAAAAAGUAUGUUUUGAGCAUUGUCAUUAUUAUAAGCAGAUGUUAAUAAGCAUGUAAGUAGUAUAUAAAUACAAGAUUAUAUGAAUUGGCAGGAACCAUAUAUAGAAUGGUUGACAACGAAAUAAUGUGAAUGUGCCUGAUAUUUUAGGAUGUACAUUUUUCUUGCAUCAAUACUCUGGAACUGAAUACAGAAUGAUAUUUUACUCA